AUGUCGGCAUUCGCGCGCUUCUCGUGUGCCGCGCUUUUCCUGGCAUCGGCGUGCCCGUCCGCCGUUAAGUCUACAGUGCGGAAGCGUCCAGACUACCCUUGCUUGAGGCUACUGCUCGACGUAGACACAGGAGUAGACGAUGCGAUGGCUAUCACGUUGGCGACGAGGCUACCCAACGUGCACAUCGAAGCCAUCACCGUGGUCGCGGGAAACGGCAACCUGUCCACGGGCUACGACAACACGCUGAGGACGCUGAAUGUCAUCGACCGAACGGAUGUUCCUGUUUACAGGGGUGCUGACAGACCUAUCGACGGCCAUUGGAAUACUGACGAAACGUACUUCGGGCCCGACAUAUUCGGAGGCGUCAGUGCGCGGUACCCUCCGUCUGGUAAUGCAGCUGCCGAUCCCCAGACUCCCGGAUACAUCAAGAUGAUCGAGCUGAUCAAGAAGAAGCGAGGCGAACAGAUCACGUUGGUUUUGAUGGCCCCUUUGACAAACUUUGCCAUUGCGCUGCUCGCGGCAGCCAACAUCUCGGAGGACAUCCGGCAUGUGUACAUCCUGGGCGGAACCCUGUACGGGAAAGGUAACGUCAACCCAACGGCCGAAUUCAACUUUUUCACGGACCCUGAAGCAGCUUUCGUGGUUUUGCAAAGGGCCACAUGUCCCAUCACCAUUAUUCCCUGGGAGGCAGCUCUCCAGGCUACAGUUCCGUGGGACACUUACUACAGCAUCACGAACAAGUCGGGCCGGCUUCAGAAGUUCCUGCGCGACACCACGACUCACACUGUUCAGUGCUGCUUGAGCGGAGGCCAGAGCCCGGACGGCUUCAGCGUGGGAGACUUCCUGGCGGUUCUCGCUGCAGCGGUGCCCGAGAGCGUCGCCUCCACCCUGGAGCAGCGCGUCGACGUCGAGAGGUGCGGCGAAUACGCGAGAGGCCAACUCGUACAUGCGUGGGAGUCCAAGAUCCUGCCUCAAGUGAAACGCAACGUGACGAUCGUCAAAAGCUUCCACGUGGGCGUUGUCGAAAAGUACUUCAAGUACGCGUUCUACCCAACUGAAGCGUGA